AUGGGUAAAAGAAGAGUUAGGACCGGCUGCCAGACAUGCCGGAUUCGCAAGGUCAAAUGUGAUGAGGCCUAUCCGGCAUGCCGUCGGUGUCUUUCCACCGGUCGCACCUGCGAUGGAUACGGCAUCUGGGGUGGCGGAAGCUCCAGCAGGACUACGAAGCCUUUGGCUGUCACAGAGAACUCUGCAUUUGUCAUCAGACCAAUGUCGGAUUUUUGGCUGUCUGCUAGGACCAACAGUGAAGAGGACCGCUAUCUUCAGUGGUUCAAAGAGCGCACUGGGUCAAAGAUGUCCGGUUCAUUUUUCUCAGAAUUCUGGAGCGGCUUUGUCAUACAGGCCAGUAUGAGCGAGCCCGCCGUGCUGCACGCCGUCCUUGCCCUGAGUUCGGUCCAUCGGCAAGGCAUCCUGAAUGAUGGCGGUCUCAAGGCAGGGGACGAGGAAAGGGUAACGUUGACCCGGUACAGUAAAGCGAUCAAUCAUCUGCAGCCUCAUUUCAAGGCAAAGGACCGGACUGCCUUUCGAAUAGCUCUCAUUGUCUGCGUUUUGUUCAUUGCGUUAGAGCUGCUCAGAGGUCAUUUUGCAUCGGCGCAAAUCCACCUUCAACAGGGCUUAAACCUCCUCGAAGGGUCAUGUCUAUUGAAAAGAAAAGGCGACCUUCUUGUAGUGAAUAGUCAAGAGUAUGUUGAUGACUGGAUUGUGCAAGCACUGUCGAGGUUGCACAUUCAACUCGAGCUACUUAAGCAAGUCCACCGUGGUUCUUCCCUACGGCUGCAGAUCCCCUUCUUGGAAUGCAAAUCGUCGACAUUCCCCUCCGUGAAAGAGGCGUGGUCCUGGCUUCACCACCUGAUGGGAACAGUUUUUCAUUUGAAUGGAGAAGUUCGUGAACAAUUCUGUACAGGGAGCAGUUCCCGAGCAGAGCUGCUCAAACAUCAGCGAUCUCUCCAUGACGAUCUUACCCGGUGGCUGAACACUUACAAUACCACGAUCCAGACUAUGAAGGGCAGUAUGCGCAAAGACCAGGCGCAAAUCUACGGGCUGCUUCGUACAUAUCACACUAUGAUAACUAUCAUGGCGGCGACCUGUCUUUCGCCUGGCGACGAGAUGGUCUUCGACCAGCAUACCGACAAAUUCCAGGAAAUGAUUACCAUGCUGGCCCAGCUCUGGAAAUUCCUCUCGAUGUAUUCCGCUUUUGGCUCUCGGCCGACCCAGUUCUUCAUGUCGCGGUCGAUUGGAGAUCUGGGCUGGAUUGCUCCACUAUACUAUACCGCCAUCAAAUGUCGUGUGCACCGGUUUCGCCUGCACGCUAUCCGGCUCCUGGAAGGCAGCUUCCACAGGGAAGGAUUCUGGGACUCACAGAUCCUGGCAUUCGUGGCGCGAAAGGUGAUGGAAAUUGAGGAGGGCGACUUUUAUCUCCUUCUAGAUGCGGUGGAUGACUUUGAGCUGCAUUGCCCUCCAGGCCAGGAAGAUAUGCUGUUUCCGCCAUUGCCCGAAUCCUGCAGACUAUCUGAUGUGGAAGUGAGCCUGUUAGGCGAUCCUGUCAGUACAAUUUCAAUCCUUUGCAACCCGAGUCGCCACAGAACGGAUCGCAAAAUGUGUGUUGCAAGUUACGAGGUCGCCUUCGACCGAUGA